CUGUACCUCUCUCCUCCAACCCAAGGACCCUGCAAUGUCAUCUGCUCUGGGUCUGAGCCGCAGAAGGUCUGGAGGAGUAGAAGAGAUGGGCCUCACAGAAGACCCCCUCUGUACCUAACCACUUGGGUUCCCAGCCUUGGCUCCUUUUGUCCUUGUGUAGCACUCUGAAAUGAUCUCACAGGCAGACCUGGGGAUGUGACAAGGGGCUGCUCUGUAGGGCAGAGGUGACAGGGAUUUUUGUCAUCCUCCUUCAGCCCUCACCAAAGAAGCUUAUUUCUCUAGACUUUGCAGACUGAGAGACGGAGAAAUUGCUGCCCACCCAACUCUGUGUCAGGCAGAUGCGACACUGGGCCAGGUGCCCGGGAGUCAUCAGCUUGGUGCUCUGAGGCAUUUCUUACCAGCCUUGCUUAGUCUGUGAUGGGGUCUCAGCCCUCUCUCCAGCCUACUUAGCAACCUCCUGGGUAGGACCACUCUCUUAGGAUCUCAUCCAUCCGAUACCUCUUAUCACCUCCUUUGGUGUCCUCCAGGAAGACCCCACCAUGCCUGUUUUGCCAUCUGAGUCAUUUCUUGUCACAUCCGACACCACCCACUGCCAGCUGCCUGGUACUGUUUCAGGAGAUGGCAUGGGAAACCGAGGGGGAGAGGAACCUCCAGGGAUCUCCGAGGGAGAGGACACCGGUGGGUUGGGCUCCUGCUCUAAGAAGGGAUUGAGAACAGACCUGGUGACCUGGGCCACACACCAGACAGCCUGCGGGUGCCCUGGAAGGAAACCUGACCCAAGUGAAGCAGCUUGCUGAAGUGUCUCAGAAACGGGCCCCUGCAGUGGACACAGCAAGGCAGCCCGUGGGGUUCGGCGAGAUCCUUAUCACUGUCUUAGUUACUGUUUUAUGGCUAUGAAGAACGCCAUGACCUAGGCAAGUCUUAGAAAGGGAACUAUUUCAUUGGGACUGGAUUACAGGUUCAAAAGUUUAGCCUAUUAUCACCAUGGGGAGAAGCUUUCGGGCAGACCUAGUGCUGGGGAAGUAGCUGAGAGCUCUACAUCUGGAUCAUCGGGCGACAGGAAGAGAGAGACGCUGGGCCCGACUGGCGCUGCAAAAACCUCCAACCCAAGCCAAACAUGCACACACACACACACACACACACACACACACACACACCCCACGUGCUUCCCCCAACAAGGCCACACCUACUCCGACGAGGUUGCACUCCCAAUAGUGCUGCUCCCUACAAGUCUAUGGGGGCCAUUUUUUUUUUUUUUGGUUCUUUUUUUCGGAGCUGGGGACCGAACCCAGGGCCUUGCGCUUCCUAGGUAAGCCCUCUACCACUGAGCUAAAUCCCCAGCCCCUUAUGGGAGCCAUUUUUAUUCAAGCCACAUCAGGUCAGAGAGUCCUUACUACCAAUCCUGAUGACUUGAGUUCAAUCGCCAGAACCCACCAACAUGGUGGAAAGAGAGAACCCACUCCCACGAGUUGUCUUCUGACAUCCACACAUGUGUCAUGGCAUGUUCAUGGUCACACGCACACACAAAUAACAAAUGUAAACGGAAAAUGGAGGGACGGCCGCAGAGACCAAGAGUCUAAGAAGCUGGAAUUCCUGGCCUGGUGGAGUCAACCAUUUGACAGCUCUGUCCCAUCCUGCCCUCUGGCCAGGGGAGGGCCCUUUGACAUCUGUCAGUCAACCCAAGUGGCAAUUCUUUCUCUCCUCUCUGCCCGCCUGGGAUCUGGAGUCCACAGCUGAGUUAGAAACUCAGCAGGCAGAGUGGAGGCUGCCCUGAUGCAGGGGAACACUGUGUUCCUGGCACCUCUGGUACCCUUGCAGAGGUGGCUCUGGCACGGAAUCCCUGGGAGGGGGUAUUCCAAUAAAGGGCACAGGCUACAGCUGAGGAGGACGGGCUCAGAUUUACAGGAACCACUCUGGAGGGAGUAAUAGCCUCAGGAGGGAACACAACUGAAGUCCCCACAUGUUGGAAUGACUAGGCCAGCCAGAACCAAGAGAGGAAUGGGGUGAUAGGCAAAAGUCACAGGCGGCAGGCUUCACCGCUAUAUAGGGAAGUACUUCCUAGCUACUGCCAUUGUCCAAAGGUGGAAUGACUAUCCACCAGGGGGUGUGCUUCCCCUCACAAGAGGUGACCAAGAGCCACUCAUUCAGAGACAAUGCGGCCAGAGCGAUGUUGUGGGGUGGGGGACUGUUCUAGGUGUCCAGUCUUUCCCAUCCCUUCUAACCCUGAAGUCCUCUAUUGACCCAAUAGACAAAUCCAUGGAACAGCUAAGGAAAGAAAGGCAGAAGACCCAGGCAGGGCUCGAGGCAGCAGGGUACUCCUGGUUCCUUGAUCCGAGCAGCCUGAGCCACCAUCCAGUUCCUGCCUCUGCUACUCCCCAGCUGAGGACUCAGAGCAGGGGGGCAUUGAAGUCCUUUAAACUCCACCCUUCAUCUGAACCAUGGGUCAAUGAUGGUCUCCCCCAGUGGGCAGCAUGGCAUUCAGUGCGAGACUGUGUGUCAGGUGCUAGCCCAGAUCCAGUCUUCUAAUGCUGAGAACUGUUUAUGGGGCCACAUUUCUAGUUGGCUGAUCUGUUUGGACCCAGGGGUACCCAGUGUUACCUCCUUCUUCUUGGAUGUGGGGAAACUGAGACUCGGAGACAGGAAGUCAAGUGAUUUACAUUCAGACUACAGGUUGGGUUUGCCCUAUCCUUAGCACAGCUCUCUGAUUUUUGCCUCCUAUGUGCUCUGUGCCUGAGCAGAACAUUGGUGGGAGGAAGUAGGGGCAGGAAGGGUAGCAAUGGUAUUCAUUUUCCUCUUGGACGCCAACAGAGCCCUACAGCCCUGUGUGGUACUGGCAGCCCCAGCCUGACCCGGGCAGGUAUGUGUAGGCUCGUUAGGUUUUCAUUGUCCUUCUGGCUCUCCACCUCUGCUCCUGCUGCACACAGGCAUCUGGAGCCCCAGGCCUCGCUUCUCAUAGGAGCACAAAGAAGCCCACAGUGCUGUCCAGGAAGCUGAGUUUGGAAGCAAAUGAACACCUCGGUGUGCCAGACACCCCAGAGCUCUGGCCUCCCAGCUGGCUUCCUAGAGCCUGCCUUGUGCCCAAACAUCCCCUCUGCCUCUCUCUCCUCCAUUCUGCUGCCUGCUGGCCUCUGGGAAGCUGCAGGGGCCACUAUUUCCACCCCUUUGGCAUACACAGGUGCUAGGCAGUCAGCCACAGCACACAAGCUGCCUGGCAUGGCGGCUGGGAACCCUGGCCAAGACUCCCUGCCUAGAGCCAGACUUCGGCCCCCCUUUUCUAUUGCUGGUGGAACAGAGUGGGCAGGAAUAAGGUAACUCUCCACAGGACGAGAGAGGCUCUGGAUAAGGAGGUCACCAUACCUUGCUCUACACAGACUCCAAGAGACUGUGUUUGAGAGAGGAGUGUAAAGAGCUCCAGCCUCAGAGUGCCUCAGCUCUGUCAGUGAUGCAUUCGGCAGAGGCACUGUGACUAAGUACCUACUGUGUGUUGGGACCCUCGAGGACUGGAGGUGACAGGGCCUCUGCCUCACUCAGCCUUAGGAGCGGUUAGGAGUGGACAAGAGGGAAGUCUGCCCUGAUGGAGUUCUGUAUUAGGACAAGGGAGCAUCAGGAGGAAAUGGAUCUAGCUGCUGUGAGAAAGGCUCUUCUCAAACAGAGAGGGCCUCUGGAAGUGCGGAAGGCAGAGAAAGCAAUAUGGGCAUCAAAACUCCCAGGCAUAAGUACAGAGGUAAGUUUGAGAUUCCUGGUGUCAGCUUCAGGAAGACAGAAGUGGGAAGAACAUACAUCCCCCAUCUGCCUGCCAUGGGUGUUCCCUGUGGUAUUGAACUGUCUCCUGAAGACCUGGAAGAUGGCUGGUUUUUUGUUUUUUGUUUCUUUUUUUUUUUUUUUUUUCUUUUUUUCGGAGCUGGGGACCGAACCCAGGGCCUUGCGCUUGCUAGGCAAGUGCUCUACCACUAAGCUAAAUCUUCGACCCCAAUGUUUCUUUUCUUUAAGCUAGCGUUUUCUUUUUCUAAAAUCAUGAGUAUGUGUGGGAUUUCUGACCCCCUGAGGUCAGAAAAAGAUAUGGUGCGCUCUGGAGCUGGAGUUACGGGGGAUUAUGAACCACCAUACUCCCUGGGUGCUGGGACCUGAACUCUGGCACUCUGUAAGAACAGCGCAUGCUCAGUGAUACGCUGGCUGUAGGGGAUGGACCAUGGAUAAAGUCUGCGGGAGAGGGUUCAUUUGGAGGAUAUAGGUGUGGGGUACUUUCCUGCUCAGCCCCACCUGCUGGAGAAUACGGCAAGAUUUUGUCUCAACACAUACAAUAACACUAGAUUUUUACAGGGAGUAAUGGAGCAUGCCUUUAAUUCUAGCACUCAGGAGGCAGAGGCAAAUGGAUCUCUCUGGGUUCAAGGCCAGCCAGGGCUACACAGUGAGAGGCUGAAGAGAUGAUGGCCCAGUGGUUAGGAGCACUGACUGCUCUUCCAGAGGUCCUGAGUUCAAUUCCCAGCAACCAUGUGGUGGCUCACAACCAUCUGUAAUGGGAUCUGGUGCCCUCUUCCGGUGUGUCUGAAGACAGCUAUGCUCCAGCGAUUUAAGCGUUCCCUCUCCCUCAAAACUAUCCUUCGAAGUAAGAGUGUGGAGAACUUCUUCCUCCGCUCAGGCUCUGAGCUGAAGUGCCCAACAGAGGUGCUGCUGACACCACCAACCCCACUGCCUCCUCCUUCUCCACCACCUGCCUCCACAGACAGGGGUCUACCCACCCCGACCCCCUCUCCGUGCCCAGUCCCUCGCCCCUUGGCACCACUCAAACCAGUGAGGCUGCACAGCUUCCAGGAACACGUCUUCAAGAGAGCCAGCCCUUGUGAGCUGUGCCACCAGCUCAUUGUGGGAAACUCCAAGCAGGGCUUGCGGUGUAAGACAUGCAAGGUCAGCGUUCACCUCUGGUGCUCCGAGGAGAUCUCUCACCAGCAAUGCCCGGGCAAGACAUCCACAUCUUUUCGACGCAACUUCAGCUCCCCACUCCUGGUGCACGAGCCGCCACCAGCCUGUGCCAUGAGCAAAGAGUCCCCACCUACCGGGACCAGCGGGAAGGUGGACCCAGUUUAUGAGACCCUGCGCUACGGCACCUCCCUGGCACUGAUGAACCGGUCUAGCUUCAGCAGCACGUCUGAGUCCCCCACACGGAGCCUGAGUGAGCGUGAUGAGCUAACAGAAGAUGGGGAAGGCAGCAUCCGCAGCUCAGAAGAGGGACCUGGUGACAGUGUAUUCACAGCCCCAGUGGAGAGUGAAGGCUCAGGAGCAGAGGAGAAGAGCCCUGGACAGCAGCCCCCAAAGUUGCCCGUGCGGAAGGAUGUGGGGCCCAUGUACUCCUAUGUUGCCCUCUACAAGUUCCUGCCCCAGGAGAACAAUGACCUGGCACUGCAGCCCGGAGAUCGGAUCAUGCUGGUGGAUGACUCUAACGAAGACUGGUGGAAGGGCAAGAUCGGCGACCGGGUUGGCUUCUUCCCGGCCAAUUUUGUGCAGCGGGUGAGGCCGGGAGAGAAUGUUUGGCGAUGCUGUCAGCCCUUCUCUGGAAACAAGGAGCAAGGUUACAUGAGUCUCAAGGAGAAUCAGAUUUGCGUGGGCGUGAGCAGAAGCAAGGAUAGUGAUGGCUUCAUCCGCGUCAGCAGUGGCAAGAAGCGGGGUUUGGUGCCAGUCGACUCCUUGGCAGAGAUCUGACAGAAACCGAGAGAACCCAGAUGCUACCCCUGCCCAUGCCUGGCUCUUGCUUCUGGCCUGAGAAGGAAGCGGGCAUCCUGGCCACACCCUUCCUCUCCGCGUCUCUCUCCUCAGCGUCACCCACCCCCCACUUAGGAGCCUUCUGCACUGAGGAAGGUUUUAUUUCUUGGGUGGGGUAUCCUGAAUGGGGUGAUCUUCUGGGGCUUGGGGAAGGGAGUCCAAAGUGGGAAGAAAUGAGGAAGCUACAGUAGGUCCACCCAGAGCCCGAGUACCACCUAGUCGGGUUGCCGUAGCGAGUCCCACCCUAGGGAGUAAUUAGCCUGCUGUCUUUCAGAGACUACCUGCCCAUACUGCCUUUGCAUGCCUGACUCCUCUCUGCCCACAGCCUUUGCUUGGGUCUGCGUAUCCACCCACCCCUUUGCAAGUGGGGCCUUGAGAGAGGAUCUUCAGUGUUCCUCAGCCCUCCUCUCUGGCUUGAGAAGACACUGAGGACUAUGGGAGAGCCCUAAGCUAACCACCCGUCACCCCUUCAAUUCUCAGGAAAGUUCAGGAAUCUUUCCAAUUACUUGAAACCUGUGCGACAGAGCAGGGUCAGGGUUGAGGUCUGGAAGGGGAUGUAACCGGUAGAGGAGUCUGUUCCCUUGAGGACGGUCCCCACAGAACAGUCUGAUUCUCCUUUAUCUACACGAAAUCUGUGUCCAAAAGGAGCCCGGACAAAGACCCAGUGGAGAAGAAGACACUGGACCCUGUGUGGUCAAAACCUUUCACUGUUAGGGCUCCAGAAAUCCCUAUCACCAGAAGCAGACAGCUGGGGGUUGUGAGGUUUGCUUUCUCUGAAAGCCCUGCCCUCAGAUGGACCAACUUACCUUCUCACUGGGCUCUAUAUGGCGCAUCCCUGGGAGGAAUGCCUCGGGAGAUGGAGGAAGGAUAUGCAAAGUUCUUUUUGGCCACAGUCAAAUGGUGGUCUAGGAACCCUUAACCCUCCAGGGCAGGACCAAUGUCCCCUUCCUCAAAGGCUGCUUUUUAUUCCUGGUGCCAGCCCCCCUCCUUCCAAGCUCCAGACCCUUCUUUUGAGCCCUAAUCCUGUCAGCCAAUGCCGCCGCCCCCUCCCCCGACCCCGUUCUGGGUACAGUCCUGCCUACCAUACAGUGAGAGGACACCAAUUCUCUACCCAACACACCUUGCCCCACUUUUUCCCCUAAAAGGGGACUAAAGCCACACUGCCCUGUUUGCUGCCAUGAGGGCCCCCCCAGCAAAAUCCCCGGGGCGGGCCCAAUGCCCACUGUACAUGAGGCUGCAUGAUGGGUCUGUGGGGGCGUUGCUGAGCCCCCAGGCCCAUAAUUAAAUGUUUCUUGUCUCA